CAAAAUCUGUUCCAAAACAAAACAUUUCAAAACAAAAAAAUAGAUAUGUCAAAAAUUAUUUCUAUAUUUCCUAACUGAAAUUUUCUAUCUUUUACGAAAUUAAACUUGGACAAUAGUUCUUUCAAAUUUUCUUAUGGCCUCCAUCGUUUGGAAUUCCAUCUGUGAAAUCUUUUCAACUUUGGUACGACCCACAACUCGCAAAACUCGUGUCACCUUCACGCCGAGUACAUUGAAGCGAGAAAUUUUACGUGAAGUCCGACUGGCAGCCACACCAAAUCCAUUUCUAAAUUUCUUUGCUGAAGUACGUAUUAAGGCAAUGCAAGAAUCACAAAAUCAUCCAAAACAUUUAGCUAGGCUGGCAAAAACGGCUGGUCAUAUGUGGAAUGAUAUGAGCGAAGAACAAAAGCGACCAUAUCGAGAGAUGGCUCUAGAACAAAAAGUGAAAAAGAGGCGGCGCAAAAGAAGAUCAGCAUUAUUUACUCCUCAAAGAAAAUUACAGAAAGAUAGGCGCAAACGCAAGCAAGAUCUUUUGGCCAAGGAAAAAGAGAAAAAGUACGGCGCAUGAAAUACUUUUUGAAAUUGAAGGAGUACUUUUUAAAAAUAAAGAUUUAUUAUUAAAAAAAAAAGAUUAUGGGAGAAAGAACGGGGCAUAAUAUUUUAGUUUUAUGGAAAUACUUCUUGAAAUUGAAGGAAUACUUUUUACCAAUAAUAGUUUUUAUAUUAUUUCUUUCCGAAUUAAUAAGUAACAAUUAAAAGGGUUUGCUCAUGAUUUAUUAUCGUCAAAAGUAAAAUAUUUGUUUUCUAUGAAUAAAAAUAUUCGAUAAAAGCCUACCAUUCUAAAGACAAAGACUCUCCACUAGAGAGAGAGAGAGAA